AUGUCGACUUCGAUAUACAACCCAUCACAAGAUUUGCGUAGAAGCUCAACGACAUCGCGUCAUCGUCGCUCAUCAGUAUCUCUGCACUCGACACCUGGUCUCGGUCUCAUCAAAACAAUCUCACGGGAUCUGGUUCACGGCUGGCACACACCCACAGCUUUACAGAAGGAACGUCCCAGUUCACCAUCUUUGGCUCCUGCAUCUCGAGCUUACAAGCCCCGACAUGCUGCACGAGAUGCCAUGAAGAGCUUUACACCUGUUGCAUCGCACCAAGCCGAUACCGCCCAAGAAGCCGCAAACUCGUAUUUCGGAAACCCGAAGCAGAGUUUCAUCACCACGCUCUCGACAAGAUUCUCUAGCGCCUAUCUCUCCCAUCACGGCAGAUGCGACUAA